AAAAUGUCCUGGUAAACAAAUCAAAAUAAUUUACGCAUUUUUUGGUCGUGCAAAUGAGGUAACCUGUUCCAAUUCGACGACCAAUUCUCUUUCAUGUACUACCAGUGAUGUAUUUGCAAAAGUAUUAGGCAUGUGUUAUGGGAAGGAGACUUGUGAACUAACAGCAAAAACAUCAAUCUUUGGAGAUCAAUGCCCUAAAACGUCAAAAUAUCUUCAAAUAGAUUAUCAGUGUGAGGCAAUUCCAAGGAAUCUUGUUAUUUGCGAAGGAUACAAACAUUCGCUAAGGUGUCCCCAUCAACAAAUUGAAAUCGUAAGUGCAUAUUUUGGACGCAGCAAUACAGUUACUUGCUCUGAUGGACACAACCAAAGUAUAUCAUGUAGCGCAAAAGGAGCUAAACGUGAUUUAGAAGGAGUAUGUCAGGGAAAAGAGUCAUGUGACGUUACAGCAGACGCAAAUAUAUUUGGUGACCCAUGCGCAGGAACUUCAAAAUAUCUUUCAAUUGACUACAAAUGCACAGACGAUAGAAACUCAUGUACUGCAUCACGGUGUCAACAUGGAGGUACUUGUUUAAAUCAUGGUAAAAGUUCUACGUGUGCUUGUACGACUGGUUUCACUGGAUCUUUUUGUCAAACAGAUAUAAACGAGUGUGAACUUUCUCCUUGCAUGCAUGGUGGAAGAUGUAUAGAUGGCAUUGGUAGUUAUAGUUGUACAUGUAUACCAGGUUUUACUGGCGUCAGAUGCGAAAAAGACGACACAAACCCAUGUACUGCAUCACGGUGUCAACAUGGAGGUUCUUGUAUAAAUCAUGGUACAAGUUCUACGUGUUCUUGUACGACUGGAUUCACUGGAAGUUUUUGCCAAACAGAAAUAAACGAGUGUGAGUUCAAUCCUUGCAUGCAUGGUGGUAGAUGUAUAGAUGGGAUUGGUAGUUACAGAUGUAUGUGUAAAGCAGGUUUUACUGGCGUCAGAUGCGAAAAAGAUGUUAAUGAUUGUGAAUGUUCUCCUUGUAUGAAUGGUGGUACGUGUAUAGAUGGAAUUGAUAGUUAUAGUUGUAGAUGUAAAGCAGAUUUUACUGGCGUCAGAUGCGAAAAAGGGAUCCCUGGAAUCGGACUCGGAAUUUCAAACAAUGAUGUAAAUGCGAUUAAAGAUUUGCGCAAAGAAUUUGAUAAAGGUGGUAAAAGGGUAACAUUAUGCCAAGGCAGUAAGAAAACGUUUGGGUGUCCAAAUUCGACCCGUAUUUUAAUAACGGAUGCCAAAUAUGGACGUACCACUACAUAUGCCUGUCCUGAUACGCCAAGAAAAGCAUCAAGCUGUGAGACAGAUAUUUCAAAAGAAAUGGCUAACAUAUGUGAUAACCAACCAACUUGUAACGGAAGGGUAUUCCAACAACAAUUAUCAGCUGCUGCUAAUAAUCCUUGUCUUGGAACUGUACCUUAUGUUACACUUACAUAUGUUUGCAAGUAAUCGUCCAUUUUUUGUUGUGAUAACUAUUUUACAUUGUUCAGUUUCGGUUCAAACCUGUUUUACUUUUAAUUCUUUGGGAAAAUAUGAUUCCCUAUUUUGAUUAAAUUCCUUUACAUUUUAACGAUUUAUAUUAUAACUUUUACCUUUCUCUUACACUCUAACAUUUUUAAGAAGAUACAUGUUCUUAGCUCUUUUUAAGAAAAAAGUAACAAUCUAUAAUUAUGCAGAUAAAUAAAAAUAACUUUAAGAAAAAAACUGCAAUUCAACACUACAGGUUGUGCAAUACUUUCAUUGUUCUUUAGAUUGUUUAUAAAAAAAAUUAAAGUAACAUGCGAAAAGAUAACAGCUCUUGUUAAUUACUU